UUGAAAAGACUUACAGGUUCCAGAUUCACUUCUUCUCACUUCUGGAAGUUGGCAGGGGUGCUUGAGUCCUCCACAAAGUCUUGGAAAUCAGGGAAGCCACCAGGUUGAGGCUGAGCAACGUAGCCAAAGAGAAAGAAAGAAAGGACGAUAAAAGCAAAGAAUCUCCGUAGACUUACCAGCAAACACCCCGGUCCACUGGAAAGAUGCAGAAGACAGGCUUCUUCACCCAAAAGAAAGCAGCAGCAGCACUGUGCAUUGUCCUGUUAAUGGUGGCUCAACAGGUGUGUGCAGGUCCUUUGGUUUCACAGGAUCAGUCCAGCUUCCUCCAGAGUGCAGAUCUAAGGGGGUCAGAUGUCGUCCACGCUCCAAGGAGGAUAGCCCGGAUGACCCCACUGUGGCGGAUCAUGAACAGUAAACCCUUCGGAGCAUACUGCCAAAACAACUAUGAAUGCUCCACGGGCCUCUGCAGGGCAGGACACUGCUCCACGAUGAACCGUUCGGCGUCGCAGCCGGUGAACUAUUAGACGUCCGAGGACACAACCAGCAUGUUCAUCCUGACGGGUUCUGAUAACUGGGAGAUUAGCUUACCCAGGCUUCUUCUUCUUCUUCUUCUUUUACUUCUUUAUUUUAAAUCAGAAUUUGUAUUUAUUUUCCAGUAAAAUUAUAUCUAAAAAUUUUUUAAAUGCACCUGUCAGGCAGCUACUGCCCCACCUGAUGCAUUUCAAAUUGGGAAUUGUCAGGCCUUUCAAACCUUAAGCAUUUGAUGACAGUUUAACCACACAAAGUUGUAUUUCUGCAACUAUUUAGCUUUUUUUUAUUAUUAUCUCUGUGUCCUACUAGUUACCCUGGCCUUGAACUUAUCCCACAGCUGAUAUAAUGGCGCUCGAUAACAGCGUUUUAUUUAAAACCCGUUCCUUCACAAAUAUCAUAAAACAGCGAAACAUUUUUAAAGGAAAUUUGUAAUUCUGUAACUCUGAGCAGAUGCGUAGUUUCCACAUUUUUAUGACUGAGAUGUAAUUGGUCGUGUUUUCUAGGGUGUGAUAAACUCAGAUUUUUAAUGAUACGACUUUAUCAGAAGUAAAUGUAACAAGGAGCUGUGCAGCAAUGCCUUCUACAAACUCCUCACCCUUAUUUUUUUUUAAUACUCGCAGUCAUAAUUUCUGUUCCCUUAAUAAUUGGACCAGCCUAGUUUAGUCCAAGGUUAAAUUAAAAGGUAAAGUGUAAAUGAAGGAUAAACCAAUAGAGAACAAAUGACGUGGAGCUGACCUUUGGCCUUUGACCACUACUUACUGUUGGGCGUUUUACAUAAAGCAAAGUUUUAGAAAUCUUAAAAAUAUGAAUGAAUAUGAAUAUGAAUGAAGUUGUGGAAAUGGCAUAAAAGGUGAUGGUAUAAAAACUGAGAAGAGGUGGAGCAAUGUCGUUAUGGAUUUAAGAUAAGUUAUUUAAAGUACACUCAGGUUCUUGACAAAAGGUUCAAACACAGUUGGAUUAACUAACAGUACCUGUAAUGCUGAUUCUGGUAUUUUAUUUAUUUUAUCUUUUUUUAAAAUGUCAAAAUUUGCCCAUUUUCAUUUACUAUUUUAAACUCAGUUUAGGAUAUUUCACUUUUUUGUUUUGUCCCAUAACUGUUUGGGUUUUUUUGUUUUGUUUUGCUUUUUAAAAAAGAAAAAAGAAAAAAAAGAUUUAAAGCAGGAACGUUAUGACAUCUACAUGCUCAAACAAUCUUAAAUCUGCAAAGUCUCAAAGUUUAGCUACCUGAUGGGCUGAGUGUACAAAUACUGGGAACAGAUUCCUCACUAUGAGCUGCACAGCCUUGUUUUUUUAUUUGCACAUCUAUGAAAUCCUGAAAUUUAAGAGGCGGUUGCAGCUUUAGCUUCAACUCACCUGCAGUUUACUUCAUGCACACAGCAGGUGCUUGCUGAUAUUUUGUACACUCAGGUUGCACUUUUAAACCCAAAUUAUCUUUGUACUGUGUAUUGCUUACUGUACUGUUUUACUUGCAUCUGAAGGGCCGGAGAUGAAGUGAAAUAAAAGCA